CCCUGAGAGCACUUUGCUGGGGCGCAGCUGGCAGGAUCCUGCUGCACUGGCUCUCUCUUCCCUUUCAGACUGUGGGAGCCACCCUGCCAUGCAGACCACCACCAGGAUAGCUGGCGGCUCAGCAGCAUCCAGAGGGGAGUUCCCAUGGCAAGUCAGCCUGCGAGAGAACAAUGAGCACUUCUGCGGUGCUGCAAUCCUCACGGAGAAGCGGCUGGUGUCUGCUGCUCACUGCUUUACUGAGUUUUAGGAUCCAGCCAUGUGGGCAGCUUACACAGGGCCCACCUCCUUCAGAGGCUCAGACAGCGGUGCAGUGAAAAUGGGCAUCACACGGAUCAUCCUGCACCCCAACUACAACACCAACAUGGCUGACUAUGACGUGGCUGUGCUGGAGCUGAAGACACCUGUGACCUUCACGAAGUACAUCCAGCCCGUGUGCCUGCCAGAUGCUGGGCAUCACUUCCCCACCAGCAAGAAGUGCCUUAUCUCCGGCUGGGGCUACCUCAGGGAGGAUUUCUUGGUGAAACCUGAGUUUCUGCAGAAAGCAACAGUGGAGCUGCUGGACCAGACACUGUGCUCCAGCCUCUACAACCAUGUCCUCACAGACAGGAUGCUGUGUGCUGGCUAUCUGGAAGGGAAAAUCGACUCCUGCCAGGGUGAUUCUGGUGGGCCCCUGGUUUGCGAAGAACCGUCUGGCAAGUUUUUCCUGGCAGGAAUCGUGAGUUGGGGAAUUGGAUGUGCUGAAGCGAGGCGGCCUGGGGUCUACACACGUGUUACCAAACUCAGAGACUGGAUCUUGGAUGCUAUUUCUGCCUUCCCCACCUCCAUAGGCCAUACUGUCCCUCCAAUACACGCCAGUACUAAUAGUAACAUGGUCAGCUCUGAAGAGCUCACCACCACUGGAGCAAUCCCCACCACUUCACCAGCCCCAGCUGCCAGCAAGCCAAGAAGGCAAAAGUCUCUCCUCGCUUGUCUUCUGCUAGGAGUACUCACAAGUCAUGCUUUGUCUUUUGUUCAGUGUGGAGGAUGACCUGGGUUCUCUAAACCCAGCAAGAUCAUGGGAGGAACAGAUGCUUCCAGAGGAGAGAUCCCCUGGCAAGUCAGCCUGAAAGAAGACUCGAGGCAUUUCUGUGGAGCUACCAUAAUUGGGGGCCACUGGCUGCUGUCAGCAGCUCACUGCUUCAAUGAGACAAAUCCAGAAGAGAUUGAAGCCUACGUGGGAACAAAAGCACUAAGAACAGAUGAGAAUGCAGUGAAAGUCAGUGCAACAAGGGUGAUCCAGCAUCUGCUCUUCAACCCUAUUUUUCUGGACUUCAAUGUGGCUGUACUUGAGCUGGCAACACCUCUUGUCUUCAACAAAUACAUCCAACCCGUCUGGCUCCCACUUGCUGUGCAGAAGUUUCCUGUUGGCAAGAAAUGCAUAAUUUCUGGGUGGGGUAACCUCCAAGAAGGGAACGUCGCCAAGCCCGAGAUCCUGCAGAAAGCCUCAGUGGGCAUCAUAGACCAGAAGACCUGCAACUUUCUGUACAACUUCUCCCUCACUGAUCAAAUGAUCUGCACUGGCUUCCUGGAGGGGAAGACAGACUCAUGCCAGGGAGAUUCAGGUGGACCCUUGGCCUGUGAGGUGGCCCCAGGAGUGUUUUAUCUGGCUGGCAUCGUGAGUUGGGGAACUGGUUGCGCCCAGGCUACGAAACCAGGCGUGUACUCCAGAAUUACCAAACUCAAAGACUGGAUCCUGGAUACCAUCUCACAGUUGCACAGUCCUGGCAUAGGCACCCCAUCCAGGGUCAAAGAACAACAGGUGCUGAUUGCCACCACAACAGUGCACCGGCGGCAAUAUCGCACCAACAGAGACUCCCUGAUCACCAUCCAUGGGCUCAUUCGUCGACGGGAGAGCCAAGGAGUCAUCAGUAAGACCCACUCACCCUUUAACAGUCCCAUAUGGCCAGUGCGGAAGUCUAAUGGAGAGUGGAGGCUAACAGUAGACUAUCGUGGCCUGAACGAAGCCACGCUGCCACUGAGUGCUGCUGUGCCAGACAUGCUAGAACUUCAAUACGAACUGGAGUCAAAGGCAGCCAAGUGUGCCUCUUCUUCUGUUCCAGACUGUGAAUUAACAACUGCCCUGGCCUUCAGCAAGAUCGUGGGUGGCAGCACUGUGGCUCAAGUAGAAUGGCCCUGGCAAGUCAGCUGGCUUCAGCAGAAGGAACACAAGUGCAGGGCUGUCCUCAUUGCUGACCAGUGGCUGCUCUCUGCAGCUCACUGCUUUGAUAUUGACCCCAAAAUGUGGGUGGCCUUUCUAGGAACACCCUUCCUGAGCAGCAUCAAUGGCAAAAUGGAGAAAACAUUCCGUAUCCACAAGCACCCUUUUUACAACGUCUACAGCCUGAACUACAACAUGGCCCUGCUAGAGCUGAACACGCCCAUCAAGUUCAGCAGCACCAUCAAACCAUGUCUCCCAGACAAUUCAUACAUCUUCCAUGAAGGAGCCAGAUGCUUCAUCACAGGCUGGGGCUUCACAAAGGAAGGAGGUGUCAUGUCAAAGCAUCUGCAAAAAGCAGCAGUGAACAUGAUUGGAGACCAGGCCUGCAAAAAGUUCUACCCUGUCCAGAUUAGCAGCAGGAUGGUGUGUGCCAGUUUCCCACAGGGCCCUGUCAACAGUUGUUCAGGCAAUGCAGGUGGGCCCCUGGCAUGUAAAGAACCCUCAGGGAAGUGGUUUCUAGCAGGAAUCACAAGCUGGGGCUAUGGCUGUGCCAGGCCAUACUUCCCUGGUAUCUACACCAAAGUCACAGUUGUCCAGGGCUGGAUUGCACAGAACCUCAAGCUCUGA